AUGAAUACACCAACCUGCAUCAAUGGACCGAAUACACAUCUCGAAAAUGAACUAAUCGAGAGGACCAUCGAAGAACUGGUCAAGUUGAAAAAUGAGGGCAAGAUCAAGUACAUCGGUAUCUCGGAAUGUUCCUCUCAGUCACUGAGCAGGGCAUACGCAGUUCACCCGAUUCACGCAGUGCAGGUUGAGCAUAACCCAUGGACUCUGGAUAUUGAGGGAGCUCCCGGAGCUCACCUUCCGCAAACUGCGCGUGAGCUAGGUGUCGCCAUUGUAGCGUACUCUCCGCUUAGACGUAGCAUAAUGACAGGAAAGUACACGUCGAUAGAUGAUUUUGACAAAGAUGAUUUUCGUCGUCUGAUCCCGCGGUAUCAAGGCGAUAAUUUCGCCAAGAAUCUGACGCUCGUUGACGACUUCCAGAGGAUAGCGAUGGAGAAGGGAAUCACGCCAGGUCAGCUGGCUCUAAACGAAUAA